AUGAUUAAUGAUCCGCACGGUUUCAUCCCUGCCCUCGCCGGGAACGUUGCCAUAAUAACAGGUGGCCACACAGGACUCGGCUUCGGCACCAGCAUCGAGCUUGCGAAACACGGCGUCCGUGUGUAUAUUGCCAGUCGAUCCGAGGCAAAAUUCAGAGAUGCGAAGCAGGAUAUCAUUGCCGAGCAUCCGGAGGCAGAUAUCCGGUUACUAAAGUUAGACCUGGCCGAUUUGGACAAUGUUCGUGAGGCGGCAGAAUGGUUUUCUCACCAGGAAUCAAGUCUUCAUUUGCUUAUCAAUAAUGCUGGCGUUAUGUGCGUUCCGUACGAGGAAACAAACCAAGGAUUUGAAAUACAGAUGGCAGUGAACUAUAUAGGUCAUUUCCUGUUCACAGAGCUCCUUCUCCCAAUGCUCCAAAGAGCUACAGAGAAGGCCGACAAGGGAAGCGUGCGCAUAGUGAAUGUAUCUAGCGACGGGCAUGCUAAAUUGGCCCCGAAAGAGGGUAUAGUCUUUUCGGAUAUGAACAUGAAGAACUUUUCUGUCUGGGCUCGGUACGGCCACUCCAAGCUUGCCAACAUAUUGCAUGCGAAAGAACUGGCCAAAAGGUACCCCGACAUUCUUACAUUUUCUUUGCAUCCGGGAACAGUGAAGACGAACUUAUCCGCAGGGCCAAUCUCGUCAACACCGCUCUAUCGGCUGAUUAAACCGCUUGUCGAGCUAGGUGCGCCUGGCCCACGGAAAGGGGCAGCGAAUAUCCUCUUUGCUGCUGUGUCGCCCAGCUUGAAGAGAGAGGCCGACAAUGGAGCAUACUUGUUGCCAGUUGGAAAGGUUUCGGCGCCAAGUAAAGCUGGGUCAGAUGCGAAAAUGGCGGAAACCCUCUGGGACUGGACGGUAAAAGCCCUCAGAAGUCGGGGCAAGCGCAUUAUCAUCUCCACCAAAUUUCUUCAGCAGAUGAAAGUAUCUCCAUCCCUGGCGUAUAAGUGUCAAUUCUUCGCAAUCGAUGGCUGCCAACACCAUCCCCGCGCGGCUAAUGAAGGCUACGCACUCAUCAUGAUGAUCUGA